ACUUUACUUUUUGUGAACAAAAAAAUAAAUAAAUUAAAUCAUUUGUCACAACUAAAUUUUUACAUAAAUUUUACUAAAAAUCUUCUGUUAAAAUAUCAUGGAACUCCCUCUUCAAACUCCAGUUGAUAUCUAUCAAAUACAUCGAACACCUUAUUUCAAAAGAAUCCAUCGAAACGACUCAGAUCAAUUCGAACGAUUGAAAAAAGCUUAUGAGAGUAUACGAAAUUUUGAUGAGAAGCCACUACAAGCUCAGAUCAAUAAAGUUCGUCUUGAAAAAUUAGUGCAACGUAUUAAUAAAUCGAUACCAAAAACAAAACUAGGCCCUGAAAAUAGACUAAAUCGUCCAAGACCGAAGAGCAAUGAUGAAAUCCGUUGUGAAAAAAUAGUUAAAUCACGACAAAUGGGUAUUGAAUAUUCACGUCAAAAUUUCAAUUCUACCACCAGAUUGAUCAAGCCAAAAUACGUCGAUCCAAAAGAAGAUUUGGUUAAGAAAAAAUUAAAACUUAAUCGUCGUUUGGAUUAUGGUAAUAAGAAAUCAGAGAUUAAUCGAUCUAAGAUUCAACGCAGUCAAGGAUUUAUCUUAUCCGAAGCCAAAGAGUUUGGUACUUUCUCAUCUGAAGCUCCAACAUCAGAAGUAAGGGAAAAACUUAGGAAAUUACUUGUGCAUUAUAUUUUCGAAAACAAUCCAAAUUCGGAAGUUUUAAAUUUAUUUGCAGAAAUUGCAAAAACAAAAAAUCAUUUAUAUUGGGAUUUAAUGGGAGCUAUGAAGAAGCAACAGCAAUACAUAAAACGUUAUGGCAAACUCACCAAAUUUUUGUCUAAAUUUUCUAUGAUGAAUCACAACGAAAAACAUUACUCAAGUCACGAAGAAGUUUUUCAAUCAAAAACAAAUAUUCGAUCGUGUGGUUCGGAGAUCUUAAUAAAAACUUAUAGAUAUUCAGAUAAUGAUGAAACCUUGCCUCUCCCAUCUGAAUCGUUUUUGAAAAUUCCAAAUGAUUUGCCUGAUGAUUACGUUGCCUCAAAAAAUGAAUCGUUUACAAGAGACGACAGAGUUGAUCAUUUUGCAGAGGAAAUGAACGAAGACAAUUAUCUAGUAGAACAUUUUAAGAUAACAAUGGAAAAUCUUACAACGAAUAUAGAACGAGUAGUUCUGGAGAGAAACGCUAAUGUGUGCCCUAAAUUUGGAGAAAUAAUUCGGGAAACCGUUCGAAAGGAAUCUGCUCUUAUGCUCACAAACCUCGAGAAUGCUAUGAAGAAUUAAAUUUAGUUAUUUAUUUAUAAACUCUCUUAAUAGAUGUCUAUUUUUCUAUUUCAAAAAGAAAGGAAUAAAUGUUUUUGCUUAAUAAAAACUUAAUUUUUUGGAAAAGAAAAAUAUACUUGUAUUAAGUUUUUUGAAAAAAUAUAUAUAUUUUUUUGAAACUA